AUGGCACCAAGCGAGGAGACCCGCUCACUUUCUGCUCCUACUAAGGACGGCAAUGUUGACUCUCCGGUCACAGAUAAGGUUGACUCGGGAGCUCCUGCAACUGUCAGCACUCAAAAGAACACUUCAGGUCCAAAGAAAUAUCCGUGGCGAUUUUGGGCAGUCUUUGUGUCUUUGAGUGUCACCGGGCUGCUAGCCGCACUCGAGGGUACCGUGACUUCAACCGCACUGCCAACCAUCGCCAAGGAUCUUGAAGCUGGUGAGCAGUACAUCUGGUUUGUUAACGUGUAUUUUUUGACAAGCACUGCUGUUCUGCCACUAUUCGGCCAAGUUGCAGAUAUCUUCGGAAGAAAAUGGUUGAUGAUAUCAGUCGUUGCGAUGUUUGCGCUUGGCAGCGGUAUUAGUGGUGGAGCUACUACUACUGCAAUGCUUAUUGGCGGACGCGCAGUCCAAGGAGUCGGAGGAGGCGGCAUCAACAUGCUCAUUGAUCUGAUAGUGUGCGACCUGGUGCCUCUGCGUGAGCGCGGCAACUUCAUGGGUAUUAUAUUUGGUGUCUUUGCUAUUGGAACUUCACUCGGACCCUUUAUCGGUGGCGCCAUCGUCCAGAACACAACUUGGCGUUGGGUGUUCUAUUUGAAUCUUCCAAUCGCUGGUGCGGCGCUCAUACUGCUUCUGUUAUUCCUACCCGAAAGCUAUGAGGAUAAAUCGUCAUUUUCAGUCAAGAUUAAGAGAGUAGACUUUCUCGGCAAUGCUAUCCUUAUAGCAUCUGUCACCUCAGUCUUGAUAGCUCUAUCAACUGGAGGUACUCGUUAUGGGUGGGGUGACUGGCACGUUAUUGUCCCUUUGGUUAUUGGUCUGCUUGGACUUGUUGGCUUUCAAGUAUACGAAACAUGGGCAACUGAACCAGUAGUACCGAUGAGACUUUUCAGUAACCGGACUUCGGCCACCGCUCUUGGACUCACGUUUGUGCAUACAAUGUUCACUUUUUGGGUUGUUUACUUUUUGCCGGUAUAUUUCCAAUCUGUCAUCGCGGCAUCACCUACAAGAUCCGGAGUACUGCUUCUCCCUACAGUUACAUCGCUUGUACCUUUUGGCCUGAUCAGUGGACUACUCCUUGCUAAAUUUGGAAGAUAUAAGCCACUGCACAUCGCCGGCUUUGCUAUUAUGACCAUCGGAAUUGGCUGCUUCACAACUCUUGAUGCAAAUUCAUCUUUAGCAGUAUAUGUUAUACUCCAGAUUGUUGUUGGUGGAGGCUCGGGAUUGAUAUUGACCACCCUCCUCCCAGCUGUCCAAGCGCCAUUGCCUGAGAGUGACACGGCACUUGCAACUGCAACUUGGGCUUUUAUUCGAAGCUUCGGGUCAAUCUGGGGUGUUUCGAUUCCCGCCGCGAUAUUCAAUACCUAUGCCAGCAAAUAUGCAAGUCGCAUUACAGACCUGUCUGUGAGAGCUCAGAUGAGCGGAGGGAAUGCAUAUGCUCACGCCUCGAAGGACUUCAUAAACUCGUUUCAAGGCAGCCUUAGAGACGAGGUUUUGAGUGUCUUUACUGACAGUCUGAAGGUUGUGUGGCAAGUUGCUAUUGGCAUUGUUGGGUUAGCAUUCCUUCUCUCUUUCCUAGAAAAGGAGAUCAAGCUCAGGGAAGAACUCGAUACCGAGUACGGAUUGGAGAAAAAAGAAAAGUCCAAAUCUGUAGAUGCUGUGAGCUGA